AUGCUUGGCAAAUCAUAUUUCGCAGUGGUUAUGAUGGCCGCUCAGGCUUUGCCUGUAUUCGGAGCGACGAGGGAACGAGAAAUGGUCAAAGUGACAGUCUCCGAGACGGUUCGAGGUGGUGAACUAGCUAACAUUCACCUCGACUGGCUUGGCCAACCGCCAACUUUGAUCAAAUCUGUCUAUGCGCCCUGUGACAAUGAACAUUCAUUGGCAAAAGAGCAAAUUAUCGGACAGUUUUCAUUUCAUGGUCACCCUCCACAGCGACUGGUUUGGGUGGUUCCAGAUGAGGCUCCGACGCACCAUUGUGUUUACAUAUAUGGGUCUGGCGGCCCAAAUAUGACGCAAAGGGUCUUAGGCAAAAGCAGUCCUGUCUCCUUGCAGAAGAAGCCUAGGAAACGAUCCACGGCAGACACCAUCCCAUUGCUGAAGGACUUUGAUGCGCAGGGAGCAUGGUUCGACGGAGUGGCCAAAAUCAAAGACAAAGUGGAAAGCAGCGGAGGCGUUGCUUCAAAAGGUUCACCAAAGAAUACCUCAAUCGCAAUUGUUGGAGGCGGGAUCUCCGGACUUGCAACGGGUUUGAUGCUAGACAGCGUCGGUAUACAUAACUGGGAGAUCAUCGAAGCCAGCGACCGCGUUGGGGGCAGAUUCCGGACGAAAUAUGUCGCGGACACUCAAGAGUGGGCUGAGAUGGGACCGAUGAGACUUCCGUACUCUGUCACUUACAGAGAUGACAAUGAGACCCUCCUGUAUUCUGAUCAUCAGUUGACUUUCCAAAUGGCCAACAUCUUGAACAACAUGAACAAGAAUGACUCGCAGUGGAGGAUUGAUUUCAUCCCCUGGAUCCAACACAGUCCCAAUGAGUUAUAUGCUCAAGGAACUCGCCGUCAUCCCGAUGGAAGAAUCCCAACUCGCGCUGAGAUCGAGGAGGAUCCAAGCCUGAAGGACGCCUCAGAAAUGACGAGCGCCGUAUACAGCAAGACCGAGGAUCAGAUGAACAAAAUUCUAAAAGAUGAAAAGACUCUCAAAUCUCUUCAGAAGGAUGUCUGGAGAGCCCACAAGACCGCCAUGGACCAGGGUCUCGAUGACUGGAGCGAACAGGCAAUGAUGCGACAUGUCUUCAAAGCCAGUCAGAACAUCACCGACGAGAUCUGGACCUCCUCCGACUACGAUGUAUUCUGGGACGAGCUGCAUCAUAACUCCAAUCUCGGCCUAGAUGGAAGCAAGGACAGUCUGGGCGAAACAAAAUGGCUCUGCAUCGAUAGAGGAUUCAACCGCCUGUCCGAAGCUUUUCUUCCUCACGUCCGCGACAGGCUUACUCUCAAUCGAAAAGUUCGGAAACUCGAAUCAGUCAAGGGCAGUGAUAGUCACACCCGCACUCGACUGUCAUGGUACCCCAAUGUCUCGAAUCGCACCUUUGAGUCCAAAGAGUACGACUACACAAUCAUGGCAGCGCCAUUUACCAUGACCCGCUUCAUGGAUCUACCCAAAUUCUCCUCGGUCUUAGACCGCGCGAUCAGCGAAGCAGGUCUACGCUUCAAGUCCGCCUGCAAAGUAGCCCUGUUAUUCUCCGAGCGAUUCUGGGAAAAGGGCGACCGACCGAUUUUCGGCGGCUACUCCAAGCCAUUAAGUGACUCAGUCGGUGCACUCUACUACCCCGUCUACGGACUCAACGAGUCCCGCCCGGGUCUGAUCAUGCACUAUCGAGGCGGCGAUUGGAGCGACCGGUUUGUGAGUUUCUCCGACGAAGAACACGUCCAGACAGUGCUGGAUUCGAUUGUCAGCCUGCACGGUGAACAAGCACGCGACCUUUACACGGGUGAUUAUGAGCGCCUCUGCUGGCUUCAAGAUGAAUAUACUGCGACUUCUUGGUGUCGGCCGGAUGUUGCACAACAUCAACUAUACAUUCCGGCUUAUCAUCAGACGGAGCAUAACACCAUUUUCAUUGGAGAGCACACUGCGCCAACGCAGGCUUGGGUUAGUUCUUCGCUGCAUUCUUCCGUUCGUGGGUCGGUUCAGCUGCUGCUGGAGUUGGGUUUGGUGGAUGAGGCGAAAGAACUUAACCAGCGGUGGAUGGGGAGAUGGAUCAAGCUAUGA